CAACUGGCAUCAGUAUCGUCGUGUGGUCAGUAAAGUGGACGCUACAUCGCUUGCCAUUGCUUGCUUUUUAACAGAACGUGUUGUUCGACGCGUCCGUCCGACCCUUUGCGUCCGUCCGUGACGUUGUCGUCGUGUGAAACACAUCCGAUCUAGUAGACAAUUAGCGGGUUUUGACGAGUAACUAAUACGCGAUCGAAUGCCACUCGGAACCGAUUUACCACUCACCAUCGAUCAAUAGAGUAAAACAUAGAGUACCAUCCGAUGACAGUCAACCGGUACCAUUGACUACCACCGUUGUACCGAACAGCAUCUGAUAUAUGCAGUCAAAUAAAUGAAGGCAUGAUAUGGUAAAAGUUUAUUAACAGCAACAGAACUUUUUCUGGUGCAGUGACGUCUUUUAAUUAUGAAUAAAGUGCUAGGAAGAUGACAAACACCAAAUAAGUGCACAAAUUAACAUAUGACGAAAAAUAUAUGAAGACUGAAGAAUUGACCACAAUCAAAUGAAAAACUGGGUGAAACAGAAUUAUCCUAAAAUAUCUCAGCGGCAGUAAAAAUUCUAUUUUUCAAGGGUGGCCAAAAUUGUGUUUUCACAUUAACACAUCGAAAAUUUUCAAAGCAUAACAGUCAAGAGCAAACUGGCAAAAUAUUGCUCUUGAUAUCAAUCGAGAAUACUUCACCACUUCAACGAAUCUUGAGUAGUAGAACGAUAUUUAUAUAUUUCUCAAGAAGUUUUAAAAAACUGAAUCCAAUAAUAAGUAUAAUCAACAAGAAACAAAUAGACAAUGUACGAUCUGCAGGUUUAUUGUGUUGAAUCGACAGGUUUAAAGAAAGAGUGCGAUCCAAAUGGUUAAACUGGUCAGGUAAACCGUAUUACACACACCUACGCUGUUGAUCCAUCGAAAUGCACAUCUUAUUGUUUUCAUUUAAUUUUAAUCGAAAGAAGAACACUCAUUAACUGCUCAAACAAAUAAUUUUCAAUAAAAAACUAAAGUAUAUUUUUGGAUAACGUGCACCAUUAAUAAACGUGCUAUUUCUGAUACGAAAUCGCUUGGUUUCAUGCAGUUUGAAAGUCGCCGAGAGUAACAAAACAGCAGGGCAAACAAGCAUCCAAAAAUAUUUUGAAUGUUUGUUUUCUAACCACCCAAUCUUAGCAACGUUUUAUUAUCCAACAACAAUUGAAUGAUUCAAACAAUUGCUCGGUAUUUAUUGGCUAGAAGUACUCGAAUCUGGAUGGCAGGCAAUUAAGAGUGUUAAUUAUUAUAACUAUUACAGUUUAUGGGUAAUACGACGAGAAAUAUUUCCUCUAUUUGUGUUGCUGGAGAAGUUUUCGGUAAUUCAUUCAAAAUAGAAACGCUGACUGUGGUCACAACAAGUGAUGCACGUAUCUCGCGUCUUUUCAAAAAAAGAUGUUAUAUAGAACAGCAGAGUGCUUGCACUUGGCCUACGUCCAAUUCUGAUACGGGGCUAAAAUAAUUAAGAAACAGGUGACACAGUUACAAUCUCAACGAAAUAGUAAUACUGAAAUGCCAGUCGCAGCAUAGUUGGCUUAACCAGUUGAUUUUUGUAAAAAUAGAAAUUGAAAGCAUGGCCGAGCAGUCUUCCUCGAGAUCUCGGAGAAAGAGCCACCUUUCGAGGAAUUCUUCGCUGGACAGUCCAGACGAUUCCAUAAGUGCAGCCAUGCUCAAGUCAGUGAAAGAGAAAAAACCUAAAAAGAAAGAACGAUGGCUGCUAACUCGGAAAACGUGGAGGUACAUGGCAGACGCUGGAAGAAAGCUCAUACCUGAUGGAUCACAUAAUCGAGUAGAAGAUAUACCAAAAAUAGAAGCUCAUUUCCAAGAAUUAUGUCGACGAGAACCGGGAUUCUUGCUCUGGAGAAAAAAUUCAUAUCCAGGUGCCUUUAGUAGAAAAUCAUACAGAAAGAGAAAGGAUAGACUCAAAGGAGGCUAUAGAAAAUCUAUUUCGACGGAUGACUUCGGUAGAUCCGUCGAAAGACCCAAAGAUCUUCCACUUUUCGCCACAUCCGGCGGAAGAACUGAUAUGUAUAAACUGAAUCAGCAACUGACAAAAUCGAAAAGCGCUUGGGAACUUUCUGACGAACCUUUAGAGCAACAACUUAUUGAAAUGCUAGAGAAAUACCUUUACGUGUCUGGACAAUCUCAUAUCGGGCAAAACACGUCUAGUUCGCUCACUAGUUUAGAUUAUCAGCAAUUGAUGGAAAAACUGCAGACUCACUUAGGCACAGUGAGUAAGAGCAUAUCCCAACCCUACAUAACCACUACCAGAAGGGAAGGUGUACAUUUUGAAGGAGAUCAUAUUACCAAAUCAUUGACAGAAACAUUAAGUAGGUACUUCAGUCAAUCUCCGAAACGGGAUAAAGUCAUAUCUGAUUUUCUUACCGACAGAAAAGCUCUUGAAAAGCUUUACUUCGAACUGCGUCAAGCCAAAGGGUUUAGAAGUAAUCGCACUGGUUUCUACACCGGAACCAAGCCUCACGUGAACAAAUGGUAUCCUUGGAAGUCAUCUUGGAAGUCACCGCCAUCGUCACUUCCGACUUCGCCUAGAGGACGUGAAGUAACUUUCGAGGAGCCGAAAAUAAGUUACAGAAAUUCAAGAGCUCAAACUGAAAAGUUGUCCGAUGAACAACUAUUUCAAAUCGAACAAGAGUACAAAAGAGAAUUAGCAGAAAGAGAAGAACAAGAAAAAAAAGAAAUGAAGGAAUAUAAGCCGCCGGCGGCUAGAAGAAGGAGCAGUGUUGAUAACGAUGAUGUUUCGCAAUCGGUUAGCGAUACUAUCAAGCGAUAUUUGCGGAUGGCACGUAAAAAAAGUGUCGAUGCGGAUAAAAAUGAUCGGUUUAAGCGGAUAAACUACGAUCGCAAUCUGAGAAACAUAAAAGCGAAAGGUGAAAUUACUAAACCGGGUGAUGACGAUGGGUUAAAUAAGGGCUGUCAAACGAACGAAGAUUGGAUCAUGACGUACCGCGAUUUAGAAUUUGACGAACCGGAACCGGAUACGUUUUCUGACCCAGAUAGUUGCUUUACAAGUUCGCGGAACAGUAUAGACAUCGGUAACUCGGAAUCGACACAUUCCGGCUUCUUAACUAAUUUAUCAAAUCUAAUUUAUGGAAAGUCUAACGAUAAAUCGUUAUCAUCUUCCGCAGCUAACAAUACAGCAGCCAUGCAGAAGUCGAAAUCGUCUUCGAGCGUUGUGCACCAUGGCAGUCGACUGGUCGCCAAGAAAAUCUUUAGGUCGAGGUCGAAGAGUCAAACUAGAGCGUCCACAGCACACCUGACCUGGACUCCACAGGGCAACUGCACGUGGAACAACGUGACGGGUCGUCAGGUGUUGCUAAACGACACGACACUUUUGCAGCUUAGCGAAGUGGAACGGCGUGUCCUGCGACAGGUGGCGCUCGCCAAACUUCAAGCUCUCAACCUUGGGGUCAACAUCAAAAUACCAACUGAUUCCACGUCCAGUCCGACUUCACAUAAACCCAAGAGAAGGGCGUAUUUGUUGAAAAGAAAGGCGCUUACGACGGGUUUCUUCGAGGGUAGUAAAAAAGAAGGGGAAAAAGAAAAGGAGGGUAGUACCAGUUCUGGAGGUUUAGUUUUUGGCAUUCCGUUAUCUCAGUGCGUCGAGAACGACCGUCUCACGAAGGCGGCGGCAAGAACUAGUCCCCUGAGACAAAGAGGAGAAUCUACGCUAACGAGACAAGGCAGUCGGGGUAGUUUUAGCUCUCUUAACGAAGCCCCUAAAGACGAGAACGGUUCCUGUGAUAGCCUGAUGAUAAAAGAGAAAGAACUGACGGGUAGUGUGCCUGGCCUUCUAGAUUCGAUAUCUAAUUACGGAUCAACGGCUGAUUUAAAUGCAGCAGUACAAUCGGAAGAACCUGCCGUUCCCAAUAUAUUGAACGUAUGUCUUAGGCAUCUUCAAAUUAAUGGACUUCAUACGCUUGGUAUUUUUCGAGUUAGUACAUCGAAGAAGAGAGUUCGACAGCUACGUGAGGAUUUCGACUGUGGUCGAGAAACAACUCUAGAUGAGGAACAAUGUCCUCAUGACGUAGCAACGUUGUUGAAAGAGUACCUGAGAGAUCUUCCAGAUCCACUUCUUUGCAGGGACCUUUACCACGUGUUUGUCCAAACACAAAGAAUACGAAACAGAAGACUGCAAUUCGAAGCACUCCAACACCUUAUCCAACUACUUCCCACGCCCAACAGAGACACCCUUUGGGCGUUAUUAAUUUUCCUUGCAGAUGUAGCUAGACAUUCAAACGACCAAACUGACCCUUCCGGUGAAAGCAUUCAAGGGAAUAAGAUGGAUUCCAACAAUCUAGCUACUGUCUUUGCACCUAAUAUCCUGCACUGUAACAAACCAGGAGCUAAAGACGUGGAAAAACCUGAAGAUCGAAUUGAUGUCAUCAACGUGGUUCGAACGUUGAUCGACUACAACGAAAAAUUGUUCACUAUUUCAGCGGAGCUUCUGGAUGAGGUCUACGUCCACAUGAUGGAUUCCCAUCCUGAAAUUUUAGAAUCUCUUCUGAACAGGAGGAUAAACAUUAAUGCAGCUUCAGAUGAUUAUGCGGACGACGUAGACAGCGAGAGCAAUUCUGCGCCUUUGACACCAACCGUGCCGUCUUCACACAUGUCAAUCGAACACGUUCUCAUGAAUGAUUCAGAUGGAUUCAACACACCACCUGAAUCACGAAGGACGUGGUCUCGAGAAGAAUUUUUGCACGAAAUGGCAGCAACCGGCGGCCCUAAUAUGGGAAUGAGGAUAAGGCACAAGGAGAAGGACCGACUACGCGACAAAUCAACAAAGAAGAAACAACGUGAAGAUGGUAUAACGGUAAUUUCUCGGAUGCAUAGUCACGACUCCUCGACAACUAGUAAAAAUCGUUCGUCUUCGAUGGAUAGCAGCAGUUCACAGUACGACAACUUGGACAGUUCACGAACUCAAAAUGACUCCAGUAGAAAAGAAUCUUACGCCUCUGAAGCGGAUGGCGUUAUCAGAGCUAGUUUAACUAUUCCUGUUCAGCAAGGUAAUCAACCUUUGUCCCUUAGUCUUGAUCAUACCGACAUUCCUUAUAUUGAAGACAGUGCGGGCUGGGGUUAUAAUUCCGAAGGACCGCGUCAAAUGCACCCGUUGAGAAGGGCUACGGAUUUGACGAGAAAUCGACAAGGUUCUGUAGGAAGUGAUUCUUCUGUAGGAUCGCAAAUACAGGUCAUCAACAACAGAGUGGUUCAGGGGUAUGAUUCGGCUUUGGGGUCUUCUGUUACUAUUAGUAGCCCGCCCCACUAUACCACCCCUUCUUCGGUAGGAAGCAGUAUUGCUGAAGCAGGAUUUCACAGUUCACCUCCUUCCUGGGCCUCAUCACCCCCUACAUCUCCAGACUACUCGUCAAUAGCAGUAAAUUACAUACCCGAAGAGGUUCAAUCAAAAAUCACCCUAAAAUCGACACCAACUCCAAAGUCGACUCCUAAAGCACAGAAAAUUUCAAUUGCAACGAUACCAGAACCGCGAUACGUUAAAAUCAUUAAAGAACCAAUACCACUUCAACCGACCACAGCAGACAUCCAGAAAAGUUUUAGUGCAGCGUCAAUAACUCGAAAUCUAAGUGGUAUAUCAGGACCACAGGAGAGAGAACAAAAAUUCACUACAAGCAUUUCUAGCAUCGGCAACGCAGUCUUGAAAUCAAGAACUGCCGAUUUCGAAAGAAUAGCAAAAGUAGAAGCUAAAACAUCCAAACCUGUUAGUACCACUACUACCACCACUACUGCCAAUUCAGACAAGAAAAAAUAUACCAAAAGACGGUAUACGGACUCCAGACAUCCUACCAAACAUAUACCGGAUGCGGAAACAUUGGAAAGCGCCACUACGAAAAGUGUCUCGAAAGCAAGUGAUUCAGUAAAAAGUUCAACCCAAGCGACACCUGUGUACAAAAGACGCGAACUUAUUUCAAGUGUGCAAACGAAAUGAAAGACAAAAUUGAGACUGUAUAAGAAAUUGUUAGAUUAAUUUCUAGAUGACAUACGAAUAUUGUGUUUCAAUUUUGAAGUGCUGAAAAAGCAAAUUGUAAAUAUCAGACCGGUUAAGUGUUAAUUUAUUGAUAUUGAAUUUGUUUAAUACCAAAGUGUACUUACUAAUUAUGUUUAGAGCUCUUUUUUCGAAUGUUAGCUUGUAAGGUAAUUUAUUUUGAAUGUACAGCAACAAUAAAAAUGUUACCAAAGUU